GGAAGGAGGAUUGUUUGCUGCCCGGGAUCUGUCAGUGCAAUUGUAAACUCAGAAAUAGUAUGUGGAGAUAUACUGCAAAUGCCUUCUAGUCUUCCCUGGACUCACCCUUGUGAUUUCAGGCAAAUCUUAGAGAGGAAAUGAGUAUAAGGAGCAACCAAUGGAGAUGGAAAUGAUGGGUGGCGAGAAGUCACUUUGCUUUUAAGUGAGAAUUCAAAUGUGGCUGUAGAAAAUGCUUUACAAAUAGUCAUAUGAGGGGCUGGAGCGAUGGCUUAAUGUAGUUAGGAGCACUCACUGCUCUCACUGCUUUUGCAGAGGACCUGGAUUUGGUACUCAUCACCCAGAGAGCAGUUCACAGCCAGGACUACAGUUCUUAGGGAACCCAACACCCAUUUCUGGCCUCUACAGGGUACUGUGAACACAUAGGGCACACACAUGCCAGCAAAAUAAUUCAUAAAACAAGACCAUGUGUUAAAAAACUGUCAUGCAAGAUGGCUUAGGCUGGAGCUUGGAGAGAUCACGACAGCUCUGAAAGUUGCUAAAAUAUGAAAAAGACACAUAAAGUGGCUUCUAGCAGUUUCCAAAUAUGUACCUCGAUUAAUAGGUUUACUUAGGUGAAAUAUAUUAGUCAAGUGUUCAUUAUUUUAGAAAAAUAACAAGCAUGGACCAGUUUUUUUUUUUUUUUUAAAGCAUUGAUUGUAAGGCAUUCAAUAGAGUAAGAGUCACUCUCUGAUCAAUGAAUACCCACCUGGAGACAAAGGUAUACAUGUAUAUAUUUUUUCUUCCCUCACGUUAAGUAUGGAUUGAAGCAUCUCACUUAGAAGCCCAGGUCGCUAGGAGACUUAAGUCUAGAAUUGAGAGGGUGUAUCAGACCCUAGACAGUGAGCAUGGUGGCUGGCCACUGGUAUCUCUGGCAGGCAUCUCUACAGGCUAAGGACCAUACUAGCUGAUCGCUGGUAUUAACGAUGCUUUCAGCGCAACUGGCAGUUCUUGAUGGCAACAGCCUCCACUUUCCCAGCAAAUUAAGAUCAAGGCUGUGGGUACCGCACCAAAACUCCCACCAACCAGGCUCUGGCCUUGGUGUAACACGUGCGCGAGCUUUAAUGCCCUGCGCAGCGGAAACGCGUGGGCAGCACGUGGCCGCAUCCGGCGCGCCCUGGGACUAGCGGCUAUGGACGUGGGCGCGGACGAAUUUGAGCAGAGCCUUCCAUUCCUGCAGGAACUUGUCGCGGGUGCGGACUUCGUGGGUCUGGACAUAGAGUUCACAGGUCUGCGUUCAAACCUGUCCCGGCCCCAACAGAUCAGUCUCUUUGACUUGCCAUCUGAGUGGUAUCUGAAGACCCGCCAAAGUGUUCAGCAGUUUACAAUCUGUCAGAUUGGAUUGUCCAUGUUUUCCAGCGUUGAAGGAGAAUCAAACAAGUAUGUAGCACACUCCUGCAAUUUCUUUCUCUUCCCUACAACAUUUGGGAUCCUGGACUCAGAAUUCUCUUUCCAGGCAUCUAGUGUACAGUUUCUGAAUCAGUAUGGCUUCGACUAUAACAAGUUCCUCAAAAACGGAAUCCCAUACAUGAAUGAAGAACAGGAGAAGAAAAUCAAGCACAGUAUCCUGAGAGGGAACUGGAGAGUCCGAAGCUCUCUGGAUAAAGACCAAAUCAAGGUGGUGAUUGAUAAGGUGACCCAGUGGCUGGACCUGGCUGAGGAAGGUGACCAGAUGACUCUGCCUGACAUCUCUGGGUUCCAAGCCUUCGAGGUCCAACUGGUACUGAGGCAGGCCCUCCCCAACAUCUGGACAGUGCUGAAAGAGGAGGGGGUAAUUGUGAAGAAAGUGAGCCAGCCACAUCGCUGGUACCUUGAGCAUGCCUCCUGUGACCAAGUCACCUGCUGGAAGGAGCAGAUCCUUCUCUCCGCAAGAGGCUUCUCUGUCUUCUUUCAGAUGUUGGUGAAAGCCCAGAAGCCCUUGGUAGGACAUAACAUGAUGACGGACCUACUGCAUCUCCAUGAGAAGUUCUUCCGACCUCUCCCAGAAAGCUACGAUCAGUUUAAGCAGAACAUCCAUAGCCUGUUCCCUGUCCUCAUCGACACUAAGAACGUGACUAAGGACAUCUGGAAGGAACUGCGUUUCCCACGAGUCUCCAACCUCUCGGAAGUGUAUGAAGUGCUGAGCAGUAACUUGAAUCCCACUAAGAAUUCCGGACCCGUGAUCAUUCAUGCAAGACAAUGUAAAAAAUACGCUGAGACCAAGUGCCCUCAUGAAGCAGCCUAUGACGCUUUCCUCUGCGGGUCAGUUCUCUUGAAAGUGGCUCACUUGCUUCUACAGAGGGUGCAUGGCGGUGCUGUGCACGAGCCUGCCUUCCCCCAGUACCUCGAUGUGCUGGCGCCCUACGUGAACCAAGUGAAUCUGAUCAGAGCUGGGGUUCCGAAAAUUAAUUUUUCUGGCCCAGACUACCCCAGUAUCCGCCCUCCUGUACUCAUCCUCACUGUCAAGAGGUGGCCCGGGGUGAGUGAGCACCAGGUCUACCGUGAGUUCCAGAAUCUCUGCAAGUUUGAUGUCAGGCGGUUCACUCGAAGCCAGUUCCUGCUGCUGACCAAUAAGUUUAAGGAUGCCCGCAGUGUCUUGAAGGAGUACAGGAGCCACCCAACCCUGCAGGUCUCCCUGUACCGGUACUGGAGACAUUCGCCCAACAUCACCUGCCUGCUACAGGUCUGCAGCAUAGUCACCACCUGGUCCAUGAUUGCCUUUCUCCUGGGAAGACCCAGCCCCUGACAGCAGUGAGCGCCUCAGCUUCUC